AUGGGCUGGAUGGGAGAUGAUCACCUGUUUUUCUUUCUUUCUUUCUCUCUCUCUCUAUCUCUCUCUAUCUCUCAAUUAGAUUAUAUCUAUUUUGCUUAUGGCAGAAAAAACUCCUUCUUCGAAGGAGACGGUGGAAACUUUGAUGCUUGGUUUAUCCAUGAGACUGCCGCAACUAGACUGGAAGUCAAUGAUAAUAUUCUCAAGACGAUGUCUCGUAUUUUAAAUGCGAUGACAGCAGCAACUUAUGAUUAUCUUGUCAUCGGUGGAGGUUCUGGAGGGUUAGCAAGUGCUCGGCGGGCGGCUGAAUUUGGAGUGAAAGUGGCUAUCAUUGAACAAGGACCAUGGGGCGGCACAUGUGUAAAUGUCGGUUGUGUUCCUAAGAAAAUAAUGUUUAAUGCAGCUGUCCAUGCUGAAUAUAUUCGAGACCACAAAGACUACGGUUUUAUGGUAGAAAAGAAAGAAUUUAAUUUUAGCAAACUGAAGAAAGCUAGAGAUGAUUACAUCAAAAGACUGAACAAGAUUUACUCAAAGAACUUGGAAAAUUCAAAAGUGGAUCAAAUUCUUGGUCAUGCGAAAUUCACAAAAGAUAAAUGUGUGGAGGUAAAUGAUAAGAAAUAUCUGGCAUCUCACAUCCUCAUUGCUACUGGAGGUCAUCCAGUUGUUCCCACAUUACCAGGUGCUGAAUAUGGAAUCACAAGUGAUGAGUUUUUUGAGCUAGAAAAACUGCCAAAGAAAGCCGUCGUGGUUGGUGCUGGUUACAUUGCAAUUGAAAUUGCUGGCAUUUUUAAUUCAUUAGGCUCUGACACUUCCAUGUUAAUUCGUCAUGACAAGGUCCUCAGGACAUUUGAUGAAAUUAUUAGCACAAGCGUGACUGCUCAUGCCGAAGAAUCAGGAAUCAAUAUCUUCAAGCAAACCCAUACCAAAAAUGUAACAAAACAAGCUGAUGGUCUCUUAACAAUUGAGACAAAUAAUUGUAAAAUACAUGAUGUUGAUUGUUUAUUGUGGGCAGUCGGACGGGAACCAAAUACGUCUGAUCUUGGAUUAGAAAAUGUGAAUGUUGAAUGUGACUCCAAGGGACACAUUAUUGUUGAUGAGUAUCAGAAUACAAAAGCCCCAAAUAUUUAUGCAUUGGGUGAUGUCUGUGGCAAGUUUCUCCUUACUCCAGUUGCUAUUGCAGCAGGCCGCUGUUUAGCCCAUCGAGUUUUUGAUGAUGACAAAAAAAACCUCAAGAUGGACUACAAGGACAUUCCAACUGUUAUUUUUUCACAUCCUCCAGUAGGAACUGUGGGACUUUCACAAGAGGAAGCUGAAAGAGAAUAUGGCAAAAAGAACAUCAAGGUUUACCGUUCUACUUUUACACCAAUGUACUUUGCUAUUACUGAAUGGAAAGAGAAAUGCCACAUGAAAUUAGUUUGUCUACUGCCAGAAGAGAAAGUAAUUGGCCUACAUAUAGUUGGCUUGGCCAGUGAUGAAAUGUUGCAGGGCUUUGCAGUUGCAGUAAAGAUGGGGGCUACAAAGGCACAAUUUGACCAAACUGUAGCCAUACAUCCUACAUCAGCAGAAGAAUUGGUUACAAUGCGAUAA